AAUUCUUUAUAUUUAUGAAAAAAUAAUAAUUUUUUUAAAAAAAAGUAAAUCCUGAAUAAUAAUUAAAAUGUUUACGAAUCGUUUAUAUUCGUUUUUUGGUCAUAUUCAACAACAAUUUCAACCGAAAUUGUUGAAUAAUAAAAUAACAAUUGGAUCAUUGAAUCAACGAUUAAAAUUAUUAUCGACAACAACAGAAUCAAAAUAUCGUUAUUCAUUUACAAAUGGUGCAAAUGAUAAAAUAUCCAAUGAACAACGAGAUUUUUAUGAAGAAAAUGGUUAUAUUUUAAUUAAAAAAUUAUUAUCCGAUAAUGAUAUUGAACGUUAUUGGCAAAGAUUUCAAGAUCUGGCCACUGGAAAAGUCGAACCAAAUCCAUUAUUAUUACUUCAACGUGAAUUAGCAACAGCUAAACAAGCUAUACAUGAACGUAAUCUUUAUAAAGUACAAGAACUUUAUGCUGAUGAUGUUUUAUUCGAAUAUUGUCGUCAUCCAUUAGUAUUGGAUAUUGUUGAAGCAUUUACUGGUGGACCAAAUAUUCUUGCCAUUCAUUCAAUGUUGAUUAAUAAACCACCGGAUGCUGGAACAAAAUCAUCUCGUCAUCCGUUACAUCAAGAUCUACAUUAUUUUCCAAUGCGACCUGCUGAUCGUAUUGUUGGUACAUGGACAGCAAUGGAAAAAAUUACCAAAGAAAAUGGUUGCCUUUCAGCAAUACCUGGAACACAUAAAGGUGAACAUCUUGAACAUGAUUAUCCCGAAUGGGAGGGAGGUGUUAAUAAAUUAUAUUAUGGAAUCAAAGAUAUGAAAAAUGUGGUCGGUGAUCGUAUACAUAUCGAAAUGGAACGUGGUGAUUGUCUAUUCUUUCAUCCAUUACUAAUUCAUGGUUCGGGUAUGAAUCGUACGAAAGGUUUUCGUAAAGCAAUAUCAUGCCAUUUUGCAUCAUCAACCGAUUGUCAUUAUAUUGAGAUUAAAGGUACUAUACAAGAAAAAUUGGCACAAGAAAUUCUUGAUGUUUAUCAUAGACGUGCACGUUCAUUUAUGGGAGGAGAUUCUGAUAACAUGACUUAUAAGGAUUUAUGGCGUAAUCGUUCACGAUUAGUACGUGGUGAGGAUAAAAUUGGUGCAACAACUUCUUAAAAAAAAGAACAACAACCAAGAGAU